CCGGCCAACCUGCAGCCAGCGGCCGAGGCGGUGGAGGUGGGCAGGCUCAUCCUCAAGGCGGCGGAGUGGUCGCCGCAGUCGCACGAGCUCUUCCCGACAGCGGCUCGCAAGCGGGCGGUCGAGGUGAUGCGGCUGGGCUACCUGAUCGCUUGGGACGAGGAGCGCUUCGACAGCCGCGAGGGAGCGGCUCCAGAGCUGGCGGACAUCUGAGGCGCGGCUUUGUGCUGCCAAAGGUGGUGGCGCGAUGA